AUGCGGCGCGCGAUACGUCCGGUGACCUUUGUCGCCGUCGCACGAGCGUGCACCGAGCGCGCGCGCUUCCGAGCGCGUCGCCCGAGCGCGUCGCUCAUGAAAACCGCGAAAUCUCUCUCGUCGCGCUCUGAGGUCGCGCUGUGUCGCGCCGCGCGCGCACCGUCGUCGCCGUCGACGCUUCAUGUCUCUAUGCGUUCGUCGAGCCCGCUCGCGGCGCGAUCGAACGUGCUCGCGCGCGGAAGUUCGACGAAUGCGACGCGCUCGACGAGCGACGCGAGCGCGCUCGGGUUGAUCGAUUACCUGAACGAUUCCUGGACCGCCUGGGAGGCCACGGAGAGCUCGGUGAAGAUUUUAGAGGCGGCCGGGUACGUUCGGAUCAGUGAGCACGCGGAGUGGAGCGAUUUGAGAGCCGGUGGGAAGUAUUACGUGACGCGGAAUCAGAGCGCGCUCGUGGCGUUCGCCGUGGGCGGGAAGUACGCGCCGGGUAACGGAUUUAACGUCAUCGCGGCGCACACCGACUCGCCGUGUCCGAAGCUGAAACCAGUGACGAAGAUUAAGAAGGGUGGGUUCAUGCAGGUCGGAGUGCAGACUUACGGUGGGGGUCUUUGGCACACGUGGUUCGAUCGAGACCUCAGCGUGGCGGGACGGGUCCUGGUGCGACGAGGCGAAAAGCUCUCGCAUGAACUCGUGCGCGUUGAUCGACCGAUCAUUCGCAUUCCGACUUUAGCGAUUCAUCUCGAUCGUGAGAUAUCCACGAACGGGUUCAAGCCGAACACGGAGACGAACUUUGCACCGAUUUUGGCGACGGCCAUCAGGGGCGAGCUCGAGACGACGACGGAGGGCGCGGCGCACCACGCGCUCUUGCUUUCCGUCCUCGCCGAGGAGCUCGGAUGUAAACCGGACGACAUCGCUGAUUUCGAGUUGAACGUGUGCGACACGCAGCCGUCCGUGAUCGGCGGCGCCGCGCGGGAGUUCAUAUUUUCGGGACGUUUGGACAACUUGGCAUCGAGCUACUGCGGCGUGCAAGCGCUCGUCGCGGCAACGAGCGACGCGAAGCUUGCCAACCAGCCCGGAGUGCACAUGGUUGCCCUUUUCGAUAACGAAGAGGUCGGAAGCAACUCAUACUACGGCGGUGCAUCGCCGAUGAUGUUCGAUUCCAUCAAGCGCGCCGCCAAGGCGUUAAGUAAGUCCGCCCCGGGCGAAGGCGGCGAGGGAUUGGUCGAGCGCACGAUUCGCAACUCGUUCCUCGUGAGCGCCGACAUGGCGCACGCCUUGCACCCGAACUACAUGGAUAAGCAUGAGGAGAACCAUCAACCUAAGAUGCACAAGGGAAUGGUGGUAAAGCACAACGCGAACCAGCGAUACGCGACGACCGCCGUCACCGGAUACCUCUUCCGCGAGUGCGCAAAGAUGGAGAACGUCCCGACGCAAGAUUUCGUCGUGCGCAAUGACAUGGGAUGUGGAUCCACAAUCGGUCCCAUCGUAGCCGCCGGAGUCGGCAUCCGCACCGUCGACGUCGGAAUCCCGCAGCUCAGUAUGCACUCCGUGCGAGAGAUGUGCGGCGUCGAGGACAUUGAUAUCUGCUUGCGUCACUUUACCGCGUUUUAUGACAACUUCGCAAAGGUUGAUUCUACCGUGACCGUGGACUAA